CCUGCUGAAACCUGUUCUAAAUAUCACGAUUUAAAGGUUAAUGCAGCUUAAACUUGAGCUCCACCGAGUCCUGACACACCUGUAACAACCUGUUAACACCCUCUGGGACACCUGAAGGCUUCAGUUUAGACAGCUGCUGAAGGAAGGGAAAUAUAGCAGUGGAUUAACACAGAACAACUCGCAGUUGCAUGUUAAUGUGUGCAGAAAAUGAGACUUUAAAGGAACAGUGCGUGAGGGAAGGUAGAGGAGUCUAAAUGUGUAAAAAGUGAACAGAAGUGAGAGAUGAGAUGCAGGUUCUUCAUGCAAGCAGAGCGGCCCAGGCGGCUUUGGGGUACCGUCUUCAACAUGGACCUGGAGGUUUGGUGCAUUACAGCACGGCUCCAGCUGUUGCAGCUGUGUCUCCGGACAGCAGCACAGGCUUCUGUUUGUCCAGAGAGAAAGUCACCCUGCAGCAGCUGAAUAAGAGGCUGGCUGCAUACCUGCAGCAGGUCCAGUGUCUGGAGGCAGCCAAUCAGAAGCUGGAGACUCAGAUUCAGAUGGAGCUGGACAGGAAGUGUCCCAGUGAGCUGAGAAAGCUGGACGGACACCUGAGGACAGUGUCCCUGCUGCAGGAACAGAUCAGUGAUUGUCUCUCGGCCCAGGCUCAGAUUAAGCUGCAGCUGCUCAGUGCAGAGCUAACUGUCUUCGAUCUCAACGUCAGGUGUGAAAAGGAGCGUGAGCAUUGUGGUUGUCUGGAGGUGGACCUUAGCAACCUGAGGGUGCUGGAGGAGGAACUGCAGGUCCACAAACUGCCAGAGCUCCACAGUCUGCUGAACGAUCAAACACAACAACUGAUGGGGCUGCACGUACAACAUCAACAGGACAUGCAGGGUCUCAUGGCCCAGAUGUCAGGAGGGGUCAGUGUGGAGAUGCAUCCUGUUGCGUCAUCAGACCUGAUCCAGCAGCUGGACUAUCUGAGACAGACAAGUUUGCUUGACGAGAACCAGAACGAUUGCUGGUUUGACACCCAGGUAUCAACAUUGAGUUCUCCUGAGGUGACCUUUGAACCUCCAGCAGGGUCAGAAGUCGUCCAAGCCGAGCUGGACGGACUGAGAGGAAGAGCAGCAAGUCUGGAAGAAGAGCUGAACAAACUGCAGGCUCAGAACAUGGUGUUGGAGGCGUCUGGUCUGGAGCAGAACGAGUACUUCGUCCAGCAGCUGGUGGUCCUGCAGCAGAGAGCAGAUAGUCUGUGCGGAGACCUGGACUCAGUGCUGCAGGCUGCAGCUCAGCAGGCGGCAGACUAUGAGUCCUUGCUGGACAUUAAGAUCAGACUAGAGGCCGAGAUACAAGACUACAUGAGGCUGCUGGAUGGACUGAGCCCACAGGGGUAUGAGAUAAUGAUAAUUACACAGGCCUUUCCAGGAAAAUGACCAGGAUAUGAAUGAGAAAUGAACAGUCCCAUAACACUGGUGAUGCUUUUUUAUACCAUGGUGUGAAGAAUAAUAUCAGCUCUGUUC